GUCUUUCAUCCCCUUGCACUCUCACCGCAUUUAUUCACCGCAUUCCCCUCCUUUCGAAGGCCAAUAUAUAUUUUCACUCAUAUACUCACUUAUUCACUCAUUAAUUCAGUCAUUCUUUUCCCUCGAUUCUGUUCGAUCCUUCGCAUCGUCAACAUCUCAUAAUGGCAAUUGUUCUUGGUAAAAGAUCCAGGGCCACUUCUUUUGCUGGUAUGUAAUUCUCCCGUGUUAUACUCUAACCGUCUUAUUAAAUCUGGGUUUCGUAGUUGUGGUUUCCUCGCCUCGCGCCAGUUGCGAUAGGGACACUCCACCACGUACCAAAGCAAAAAAUGACAUUCUUCUAAACGACAUUCAACCAAUGUUGGAUGCUAUUCUAGAUGAGGAAGCAACAACUGUAAAAAGACCCAAAAGGCAGCGACGUAAUUCGGUCCAGAAAUCACAACCUACAACAAGCCGUCAACCGCUUUCUCCUCAGAAGUUAAAUACCCUCUUUAAGCCCCCUAACGGGUUAGGUAAUGAUCCCCUGAUCUCAUCGUUUGGCAGUGAGUGUACAGAGCGUUAUGCUUACUCUCCUAUAGUUGAGCAGCCGAAGCAACUUGAAUGUCCAAAAACACCUCGGCAUCGGGACUCGGUGAAGAAACCAGUUACCACCCCCAGGCACCGUGUCAGUGCGGUCGGGAAGCCUAUCACCCCCAGACAUGGGAAAUUGUUUUCCCCAACCUCCGUAGCGGCAACACCGACCAGCGUUCUGACUACUGCGAAGGCACUAUUCUCCCGUAGCUCUGCCCCAGGGCGGUUGAUAGGUCGUGACGACGAGAAGAAACAGCUUACAGAAUUUCUUGGGCCACGAAUCAGUUCCCGCUCGGGGGGCUGCCUUUAUGUUAGCGGUCCUCCGGGUUGUGGAAAAUCGGCAUUGCUUUCUGAGGUCAUGGCGGACUUGGGAGCUGAUCAGUCAGAAACAGUUAAGACGGCUUAUGUCAACUGCAUGGCUGUCAAGGAUCCCAAGGGAAUAUACUCCAAGUUGCUCGAGGAAUUCUUUGCGGGGGAGACAUUAAGCUCUCCCACGGGGAUGGAGGAUCUAGAAUGCCUAUUUAUCAGCAAGAAAACUAGGAAGACUGUUGGCAAUGUUUACGUGGUUGUGCUCGAUGAGAUUGACCAUCUCUUGACCAAGGACCAGGAAGUCCUCUACAGCAUCUUCGAAUGGUCACUUAGGCGGGAUUCACGGUUGAUUCUUCUUGGAAUAGCCAACGCGCUUGAUCUUACGGACCGCUUCCUUCCCCGCCUGAAAGCGAGGAAUCUCACACCUCAGCUACUUCCGUUCCUCCCAUACUCUGCACCUCAAAUUGCAGCCGUGAUUACUUCUCGUCUCCGCUCUUUACUUCCAGACGGAAAUGAAACUCCGGGAGACUUCGUUCCAUUCAUGCAUCCCGCUGCUAUUCAACUAGCAGCUCGCAAAGUUGCUGGUGCGACAGGGGACCUCCGGAAGGUUUUUGACAUCUGUCGCCGGGCUGUUGAACUGGUCGAAUCGGAAACCCGCCAAAAGGAACUGAAGAUAAAGCAACAGCAGCAGCAAGAAGAGGGGUCGGAAUCACUGAGCGAGAUGAUGAAAUCUCCAGUUCGUCAGCCGCUGACGGAGAAUAUGAACUUGAGCUCUCCGCGAGUUCUCAUCAGUACCCUCUCUUCCUUAACCAUUGAGACAGCGCCGCGGGCUACAAUCGCUCAUGUUGCACGUGUCUCUUCUUCAUCAUUCGGUGGAUCUUCCAUCACUCGUGUUAAGAUGCUUAACCUGCAACAAAAGGCCGUCCUCUGUUGUCUUGCUACGACCGAAAAGUCCAACGGUAGUGUUACAAUCAGAAAGUUAUUCGACGUCUAUACGGCUUUAUGCAAGAAAGAACGACUAAUUCACCCACUAUCCUCGACCGAAUUCCGUGAUGUUGUUGCCUCACUUGAGGUCGCCGGCGUUGUCAACAUGAUGGCUGGAAGUGUGGGCACACCGAGCAAGAGGGGAAGAGCUGGUGGUAUGGAGGAGAAGAGAAUCUCAGCCUGUGUCAGGGAAAUGGAUUUAUUGACUGCUGUUGCGGACGUUGGCCCCAUCUUGACAAAGUUGUUCUCUGACAACAGGUAG